UCCUUCCGAUCUAUUGAUCAGGUCGCGCAAAUUUCAUCGUCUUCCUCCUUCCUCCUCCUGAAUAUUUCGGUACUCUCGCUUUGCAUGCGAUCGGGAGAGUUCGGAAAACUGGGAUUGGCGGCGGAUUAGGGCUUUGUGCCAUUUGUUUCGAAGAGCAUCGACCAUGCCUUCGGUGCUCGGAGAAACCCUCCACUCGCGAUCAGCUUUCUACUCUUCUUCGUUUCCGCUUACCUCCUAUAGCAGAUCCAAUUCCAGCCGUUUUAAACAAACGCGUAAUAAGUGGAAUCGUCGCAGUAAUCUUAGCUAACAUUUGCUUCCCGAGGGGUGUUAAAAUCUCACCCCGGUUGCGAACAAAUUAGGUUUUCUUCUCCAUUCGAUUUUCUUCUCCUGCUCCCUCUUGUCUUGUUUCCUCAUUCAUCGACACGUGCUUCGAGUUGCCUAGGGAUCUUAAAGUUUGGGUUUUGCUGUUCUUGGUGCGGACGCGUAAAGAAAUUUGAUAGAGCGUUCAAGCGACUGGCCAGCUGUUUGUCUUGCAAAAAGAUAAUUUCUAGGGAUUCUGAGACUGAUCCAUUCUUUUGCAGUCCUGACUUCAUGGAAUCUUCAGUGAAGCAUGAACGCAGUACUCCUACCAUCGUGGAAAAUAUUUUGAAGAAUGUAGCCUUGGAGGAUCUUGACAUUUUGUCUAUAAAUGAGAAUGAUGAACUGAUAAUUGGAGAACUUGGACAGUUUUUUAAUGGAAUCCUUCAUGUUGGCGAUUCUUAUAAGGUAGUUAGUGAUAGUGACCUUGAUACAGAUCAGGAUGAAACUUAUGCUGUCAAUCAGGUUGACAUAACUCCAAUGGAUGACAAUAAAUUGGAGGAUUUUAACAAGCAUGCUUCUGGACACUUGAUGGAAUAUUUGCAAUCACCUCCUUCCCAGGACACAAGAGAACCACUGAGUAUAACAAGAGAUGUUGAAAACGCUGAAAACCCUUCUACUACUCCAAAGCUUAUCUCAGCCUUGAAAGGAAGCCGUGCUCAAAUAGGCAUGCAGUCGAAUACCAAAUUGACUGUCAAGUGGGCACCAGAUGUCUAUGACCCACCGGUUACAUCUGACUGCCACACUGUGAAGGGGCACCAUCGACGUUACAAGAUCAUAAAGAAAGAACCUCGGAAACAAAAACAUAGUAAAAACAAGUCCUACAAAAUCAGCAGCCACGACAGGAAAUCUCUCUCUCAGAAAGGCAUGGAUAACAUUGACUCCGGGAUGAUGAUGUCAAGUCCAAAAACCCUGAUGCUCAAAUCUUUUAACAUUCUUAGUAUCUUAACGUGCAAUAAAUGUCUGAUUUAUAGUUGCCUUCGUUGUUUUCAGGUUAGCAGCACUUCGUAAAAGAAGUUCUUAUAAGUCGAAUGCAGAAAUCCCGGGCUAUACUGGUUUGACAGAUGUGAAAUGUUGAAAGUGUCUGGCGAUUCUCAGUUGCCAAGGCUAGCUAAGUACCAUGAAAGGAGCAACUACAAGAAAUUUAUACUACUCGGUUGUUGCCAUGCAGUUUUAGCUUUUGCCAAUGAUUUUCUGAACCUUGCAUUUACUGCCUCGAGUGUUAUUGAUUAUUCUACUACGGUCGAUUGUGUGAGUGGUCCUUCAUCUUCUACUUCAUCUUGUCUUUUUCUCACUGUCUGGUCGUGCGAUGAGGAACUAAAGUGGUAAAUUCUGUAAUGGAAUGUUAAUUUAGUGGGCAACUAGUAUCCAAAUUCUACUUUUUAAUAAAUUCAUGAGUAUCUUUUUGAAA